AGUGGAAAGUGCUGAACAUGUUGUGCCGGUGGCUUUAAUCACAGCGGCUCCCUUGUAAUUAAGGCCACAAGUCACCAGCCCAUUUCACGGAUGAGGAAGGAAACUAAAGUUCCGAAGGGCAGAGCGACUUGUCUGAGGUCGCGAGACUAGAAGGUUGGCGGGGUCGGGAUUCGAACUCCCAGCUGAGACGAGCCGCCGCCAUGGCCCAGACCCUACAGAUGGAGAUCCCGAACUUUGGCAACAGCAUUCUGGAGUGCCUGAACGAGCAGCGGCUGCAGGGCCUGUACUGUGACGUGUCAGUGGUGGUCAAGGGCCAUGCCUUCAAGGCCCACCGGGCCGUGCUGGCCGCCAGCAGCUCCUACUUCCGGGACCUGUUCAACAGCAGCCGGAGCGCCGUGGUGGAGCUGCCGGCAGCUGUGCAGCCCCAGUCUUUCCAGCAGAUCCUCAGCUUCUGCUACACAGGCCGGCUGAGCAUGAACAUGGGGGACCAGUUCCUGCUCAUGUACACGGCUGGCUUCCUGCAGAUCCAAGAGAUCAUGGAGAAGGGCACCGAGUUCUUCCUCAAGGUGAGCUCCCCCAGCUGCGACUCCCAGGGCCUGCAUGCCGAAGAGGCACCGUCGUCCGAGCCCCAGAGCCCCGUGGCGCAGACGUCAAGCUGGAUGGCCUGCAGCACCCCACUGCCCCUCGUGUCUCGCGUCAAGACCGAGCAGCAAGAGUCGGACUCUGUGCAGUGCACACCCGUGGCCAAGCGGCUGUGGGACAGCAGCCAGAAGGAGGCUGGGGCCAGUGGUGGCAGUGGUGGCAAUGGCAGCCGCAAGAUGGCCAGGUUCUCCACGCUGGACCUGGCCGCCAACCGGCCGCCCCAGCAGGCCCUGGUGGCGGCGGCGGCGGCGGCGGCAGGGGGUGUGGUGAGCGGGCCCAGCUUGUCGGAGCGGACGAGCCCAGGCACCUCGAGCGCCUACACCAGCGACAGCCCUGGCUCCUACCACAACGAGGAGGACGAGGAGGAGGAUGCGGGCGAGGAAGGCACGGACGAGCAGUACCGGCAGAUCUGCAACAUGUAUACUAUGUACAGCAUGAUGAACGUCGGCCAGAGUGCUGAGAAGGUGGAGGCCCUCCCCGAGCAGGUGACCCCCGAGUCCCGGAAUCGCAUCCGGGUGCGGCAAGACCUGGCAUCUCUCCCAGCCGAGCUCAUCAACCAGAUCGGUAACCGCUGCCACCCCAAGCUCUAUGACGAGGGCGACCCCUCCGAGAAGCUGGAGCUGGUGGCAGGCACCAACGUGUACAUCACGAGGGCACAGCUCAUGAACUGCCACGUGAGCGCGGGCACGCGGCACAAGGUCCUGCUGCGGCGCCUCCUCGCCUCCUUCUUUGACCGGAACACGUUGGCCAACAGCUGUGGCACUGGCAUCCGCUCUUCCACCAACGACCCCAGACGCAAACCGCUGGACAGUCGCGUCCUCCAUGCUGUCAAGUACUACUGCCAGAACUUUGCCCAAAACUUCAAGGAGAGCGAGAUGAAUGCUAUCGCGGCCGACAUGUGCACCAACGCCCGCCGCGUCGUGCGGAAGAGCUGGGUCCCCAAGGUGAAGCUGCCUGAGGGUGACACCUAUACAACCUUCAUCAGCGACACAGGCAAGCUUGAGCCGGACAUGAUGGGCGUGGAGCACAGCUUUGAAACGGCCAGCCACGACGGCGAGGCUGGCCCCUCAGCGGAGGCCCUCCAGUAACACCCCUCAGCAGGCCCUCCGUGGGGCGUCACACUCCCCUCCUGUCACACACUCCCCCUCCUGUUUGUCUGUCACACACACACACACACACACGCGCGCGCGCCUACCAUCUCGGUCACAAGCUACUGUCUGUCCCCCUAGGACCCACGGGGUAGGGGGCACUGCAUGCUCCCAGCCCCUUAGCCGCCCCUGUCCCACCCCUGACCCCAUUCCAAGCGGGCUGGGAGAGGACGGCAGUGGUGUGAGCUCUGUGUGGCCUUCUCUCUCUGCGCACACUUGUGCACAGUCGGGGAGCACUUGCUCCCCCUCUUAACCCCUAGCAAUUGUCUCCCCAUCUCCCCACUCAACCAGGCCUGGCAGGGGAGGGACCGGCCUGGGGGCAGUCUUCUGCUCCACCCCUCACGGCAACCCCUUGGGACUUGCGGGGGCCCCAGGGUGCUCAGGACCCUUCCUGCCACCACCUCCCAGUGCUUCCACUUUUCCAAAAGCGCCUUCCUGUCUCCCUGGUCUGUCCCUGCACCUGGAGCUGGGGUAGGCGAGGCCGAAGGGACUGCCCUUGUUACAGCUGAGGAAAACAGGCUCUGAACAAUGUCAUGACUGAAGGUGGCAGGCUGUGGCUGCCGGGUGCCCUUCUCUCUCCCCCACUCUGUGCCCUGGGGCCUGAGGGGCAGGUCCUGAGUUAGGAGUGCAGACCUCGGGCCUCCGGGUGGGAGGAGAGGUUUCCAGGGCUUGCAGAAACGUGUGCGUGUGCGGGCGUGUGUGUAGUUUUGCUUUUAAACAAAUGAAGAUACGAGAGGCAGUAGGACCAGGGGUGCAGGCUGGGGGGCUGCUGCCCUUCCCUCCCUCCCCCAUCCCCAUCCCGCCCCAUGGCAGGGCUCCCAGCCCUACCCCCUGUACAUACUUUUUAAAACAUUUUUUUAGCUAAUGAAAUACUGAAGUAUAAGAUUUCCUUUUAUUUUUCAAACCAAUGGGACUGUGAUGUCCCCUUCGGUCCCUGGGAGCUGAGGAAGGCAGGAUGGGGUGGGGGGACAGGGGCAGGCUGAAUGUGUGUGUGUGCGGAAUGUGGCUGUGUUUCCGAGGUGGGUCCCAGGCCUCGCCACUGCCAGGACUCCUGUGGGUCUGGCCAGCUGCCCCCACAGGGCUGCAUUUGAAGGGUAUCCCUGGUCUUUGGCCUGUUGGCUGAGCCCAGCUCCUGGGGACAGGGCAGGGCCCACUCCAUUGUCAGCAGUUGUUUGCAGAAUUUUCUCUCUAACCAUUCCUCUCUUCAUAGCCUCGCCCAGUGCGAGUGGUUUUGUUUUUUUUGAGUUUUACUUGUGAACCCGAGGGUUCUUUUUUUUUUACUCCCAUCCCCCCAUGCUGGUGUCAUUUGAUGUUUGUUUUGUGUCUCUGGCCCGUGUCCUCACCACCUCUGGUCUCCUCUCCAAGUCUGACAGCUCACUGCUUCCAGAGGCAGGGGGCUGCCAGAGGGAGGUGAGGGCCACCCCAGCGGACCCUUGGAAUCUGACUUGGAGGCCUCCCCCUGACCCAGCAGCCCCGCCAGCCUGUGGGGAAGGGUUCCCUCCAGCAUCUGCUUGGGGGUGGGGGGUGUUGGGUCCGGCUGGGGUCCUGGCACUCCUCUUUCUGGCCUGAGUAGGGGGAGGCGAGUAUAUAGGGGGGAGUUGACACCCCCAGCUAAAGCACAAGCACCUUAGUCGCACCUCUCCCGCCCCCUUGUCCUGGCCUUGACACCCUGCCCCAGCAUCAUCCCAAAGCACAAUAUCCUGGUCACUUGGUGGGCCCCUGGGCCACAGAGGGGUGGGCUGGGGCUCCAGCCAGCCCCCACAAGGAAGCAGGAGUCCCCAGGCGCUCCCCUUUUCCAGGCCUUAGCAGGGGGCAGCUCCUGGGACUGGGGUCCUCUCCCUCCCCACCCUUUGUCCUGGGCAGGCCCCCCCGCCCAUCCCCUCCCUGCCUUGUCCCCAGGCAGGACUUGCCCCUGUCCUUCAUAUUCCUGCAGCACUGGGUUACGUGGCAGAGACUCCUUGUUUCAGGGACCCCAGGAGGUACCCCUGGCUCCAGGGACUAUGUGUUGGUCUGGGGGUGUGGGGGGAGGGGCCGGGCAGGGGUGCAGGGGAGGAAAUUCCUCGCCAGGAGAGCCAAAGACAGGGUCGUGCCUUACCCCAGGAGCCACCCCUGUGCCCGUCCACCCCACCCUGCCCCACCCCCCUGGGCAGCCUGCUGCUUUUCCUUCUCCCCCGUUGCCCUGCGCUGCUCUGAGCUGCAUGGUCCCCCCCACCCCGGGCAGCCAGGAAGGAGCAUGAAUGGAGAAUCACUGACCAACGCAAAAAAGACUGUGGGGGCCCCCUCUGCCUCCCCUGGCCGCCCCUUGUUCCCGCAGGACAGGCCACCCGCCGUGUCCGCGUGGAGUGCCAACACAGGCCCCGCUGCGGGCCGAGCCCCCCGCCCUGGCCCGUAAGUGAGAUUGCACAUUAACUACUGUAAGGAGGAGCGCACUGGGAACUGUGAACAUGAGGACGUCAGUGAUACUGAUGCCGAGAAUAAACUAAACGCCUUUGUAACA